AUGGCUCUCAGUGUCAGCCUCGGCUUCGGUAUGCAUCUGCUGGAAAUCGACUUUAGCAAUCGCGAGAAACUGUUGUUGCUUGGUUCAUUGAGUACAACGUUCAGCACCCUCUCCGCUGUGCUGUCAAAGACAUCGUUCGGCCUGACAUUGCUCCGUCUAACACAAGUCGGCUACGAGAAGACUCGAGCUUUCGUCUGGGUUAUCAUGGUUUCGAUGAACAUACUUAUGUUUUGUGAUGCCUUUUAUUCAUGGGUCGAAUGCCAGCCGUCUCGAAAGCACUGGGAAAUAUCCACCGACGGCACCUGCUGGAGUCCUGACAUUGCUGUCAAUUUGGGCAUUGCCGCCGGCGCAUAUUCAGGCUGCAUGGAUAUUAUCAUGGCCAUCCUUCCAUGGAGAAUAAUCUGGGAAACCAGAAUGGAGCGGAAAGAAAAAGUCGGUGUUCUGGUCGCGAUGAGCAUGGGGCUGUGCGCUGGAGCCGCGGCUUUCGCCAAGUGCUCCCAGAUACCACAGAUUUCAAUGUUUGAUGAGACUUACACAGGAGCCAGCCUCGUCAUUUUGGGAGCUGCCGAGCCUGCCAUCACCAUCGUUGGAGCUUCCAUCCCAGCACUUCGGGUGCUCCUGACAGAUUUCAAGCAUUUCACGCAGCGGCGCGCCUCUGACCAGUCUGAAUCACAAGGGUCGAAUUUCGACUUUUGGGAUGAUGGUUCCAGACAAAGCCGGCGGUCGUUGUUUAAAUGGGACAUUUUUGGAAGCGCAAAGUCCGUCGAGCCUACGAACGCAACCGGGACAACCUCGACUAUAAGCUGCAGCGAUAACACGACUCUUACUCCUCCGGUCGGCCUUGCUGCCGAUUUCUGGGUGUCUGGAUCUGUUCAAAGCCUUCCAAAAUUCAAUUGUGAAAUGUUUGGUACCUGUGGGACUGGCGGGACAGGGUAUUCAACACCGAAAACGUCAUUGUCAGUCCCAACACCGACUCGUCCGGCACCAAGCCACAACUAUCCAAACCUGAGCCAGCAGCUUGAAGACUUCCUGUGGAGCCGGAAGAACAGCUGCGCCGGUACGCUUAGCGAAUCAAUAUAUGACGGCGACUCUAAUCCCGUAGUCAACACUGUAUCGAUGAAGGAUGAUAAAUCCAGAGACAUCAAGCAGCGCUUCCUUGGUCAAAAAAUGAAUUCCACCAGUGCUAUGAAGGUGGUCAGCAAGGAUGAGCGGGAUACUUGGAGCCUCAGCAGCGUCAUGGAGGAUGGAAAUGGCUGCAAGGGGCCUCUUGUACUGCAUAGUGGUGCUCCUGGUCAGUUUGUUGUUGUCCAGACGACCGAGAUCACGGUUGAGUUCGAGUGA